UGAGCGGCAACCUUGUACUCAACUUUCUCAUCUCAAAGCAGUUUUAAGGCUAUUUCUGAUCCAAAUCAAUUUUGCCCCUUUACAAGAUAUUAUAAGGUUUGUCAAAUUAUGGGGUCUGAGGCAAUCAUGCACAAUGGUGGAUGUCACUGCAAAAGGGUGAGAUGGAAAGUACGAGCACCGCCAAGUGUGGUGACGUGGCAAUGUAACUGCUCGGAUUGUUCAAUGAGGGGGAACAUUCACUUUGUGGUCCCGUCUUCGGAUUUCGAGCUCGAUGAAGAUUCCCGAAAGUUCUUGACCACUUAUACGUUCGGCACUCACACGGCCAAGCACAUUUUCUGCAAUGUUUGUGGCAUAACUUCGUUCUAUAUUCCAAGGUCGAACCCCGAUGGUGUAGCGGUUACUUUUAGGUGCGUCGAUCGUGGGACGUUGAAACAUGUUGAGAUUAGGCAAUUCGACGGUCAGGAUUGGGAGAGUGAGUUUGAUCGGACUGGCAUCUCUGCGUUUUCGAAGGUUGAUCCGAAAAAGUCGGGAUGAGAUACAAUCAGUGUAUUUUUUUUAAAUUUGACAUUGUCGUCUAUUAAUAAACACGAAAAUCAUUUUAAAUUACAGCCGACCCCAUUUAUUUUAAGGCAAAUUACCGCCACCCCCAAGAUAUGGCCAAAUUCCGAAAAGCCCCUCCUUUUAAAUAUUUUUACAUUAAUUAC